AUGAGCUCCAUUCGCUCCAGAAGAAGAGAUCCACUCCGUCUACCCCAAUCACCGGUCAGGGCGCCUUCUUCACCGCCGUGUCGGAGGAGGACCGCCAGCGCCAGCAGCUGCAGUCCAAUAGGUCCAAAAUGA